UUUAAUUUUAAUGUUAUUUAUUCCUCGUGUUUAAAAAAAGAAGUGUUUUUUUUUUUUUUAAUUUUAGUAAAAUUUUGUGAGAAUAUUAAGAUGCAAAUAACGGACGCUCUCUGUUAUCUUCUAUUUGCGGUGACAAUAACAUCAUCAUUUGUAAAUGCAGAGGAUGAAACACAUGAAAUAUCGGAUGGAAAAAUAGAACGACGUUUAUCUAAAAGAGAUGCAGCAAUAUUUAUUGAUAAUUUUCCAAUAGAACCUAUUUAUAAACAUAGACCAAAAGUUAUUUAUAGGAGGAUAUCUAAGCAAAGGUACAAGAGCCCAAUGCCUAAGUAUGGCCCACCUCAUAACAGAUACAGAUCCAAACCAAGGAAACCGAUUAAAAAGUACAGAGGAUCGGUAAAACCAAAAUACGGACCACCAAGCUACAAACGACGCCCAGCAAAACUUAAGUAUGUUCCACCGAAACCACAUAAAUUCAAAACAGUUUAUGGGCCACCUAAAAAGACACCACAAAACUCAUACUUCACACAAGAACCUGCAGGGUUCGGUGAGCCUCCUACAGAAUUGAUGGUGGAUUAUCAGAGGGUAAAUCAGAAUUUUGGCGAGCCCCCUACAGAUUCAUACGGAUCUCCUUUAGAUUCAUCAGUUAUAAAUCCUUUUGUGCCGGAACAGCUACCUCCGCCUUCAAGUUUUUCAGAUCCAUCAACCAUUGACAACUUAGACAACGAUUUCGGACAAGACUUUAGUUCAUGGCAAAAUUUUCAAUCGGAUCAAAACUUUGAUAACAAUGUUGCUUAUUCAAAGAAAAGACCGACAUUUACGGAACUUCAAACCGUCGAUUUAACAGAUUUCGAUUUAAACUCAUAUUCGAAUAUUUAUCGCAAUAAAGAUUUCACGGAACAAGAAUCAUUUGAAAAAAAGAAAAGACCCCAUUAUAAGAAAGAAUAUUUUAAAACUAAGUCACGAAGACCAAAACCGACUGAAACGGAUCAUGAAGAUGCAGUAUUAGUUGGAGGUCACUAUGCGGAACCACCGGCGAGGAUAGUUCCUAAAAAUCGCGUAAGCUAUUCUGCACAUUUUGAAGAUGAUGACUUCUUACCUUUUAAAGGGUUUAUCGACCCAGACAUAGCCUUUUCUGCGACGAUGUCACCUUACGUAAACUAUAAGCACAGUAACGUGGCAUUCAGUCCACAAAACCUAAAUGAUGCAUUUAGUAUAGUUGAUUAGUAUUAAACGUUAACUUUAAAGUAUUAAACUCUUAAUUUUAGUUUAUAAACUCAAAGAAAACUCUAUUCUUAC